CAGCUGUUUUUGACAGUUCGGUAACCUUAACUUUUUAAUUUAAGAUUUUUACUGUGAAUCAAUAAAAAAUAUUUAUAACCCAUGUCGGAUAUAAGUAGAAUUGUUGUAUUAUAUGGAAGCCAAACAUUUACAGCCCAAGAAAUCGCUGAAAGAAUAUGGCGAUCAUUGAAAUUAUUAGGUUUUCGUGGACCAGUACAACCCAUGGAUGAUUACCCAAUUUCCCGGCUUAUUCACGAAGAAUACGCUAUAUUCGUUUGUGCCACGACAGGCCAGGGUGAUGAACCGGAUAAUAUGAAAAAGUUUUGGAAGUUUCUGCUAAGGAAAAGUCUCCCAGCCAACUCUUUAUUAAGACUCAAAUUUGGUGUUCUCGGCUUGGGAGACUCGACUUAUGCAAAGUUUAAUUUUGUUGGAAAGAAACUGCAUAAACGAUUAAUACAAUUAGGAGCUACACCACUGAUUGAUAUUGGCCUCUGUGACUAUCAGCACGACUUAGGACACGAUGCUGUAAUGAUUCCGUGGCUUAAGCAAUAUUACGCAAUCCUAGAACAAAGUCAUCCAGACAUACAGCCCGACAAAUUGGGAUCCAAAUUCAUUCCGAGAUGGAAAGUGUCUCUACUAAAAGGUGAAUUUAAAAAUAAUCAUUCCAACAACUGUAUUGAUGAUGAUAUUUACUAUGGCAAGGGUACGAGGGAUACCUAUUUGAAUGCAAUACUGUUUGAGAUUGAGAAAAAUGAAAGGACUACUAAUGAAUCACAUUUUCAGGAUGUGAGAUUGAUGACUUUUCAAACAGUACAAGAUAAAAUUUUGCAGUAUGUUCCUGGGGAUAUCUUCAACAUCAGGCCCCGGAAUAGUGAGGAAGAUGUUGAUGAUCUUUUUGGAAUAUUUGAAACACACAACAUUGAUAUAAAACCACAUUACAGAUUGCUAGUUGAAGAAUUUUAUGAAGACAUGCCCGUACCAGAAUACCUCCGUACUCCUCUAACGAUGCACGACAUAGCCUCACAAUUCUGGGACCUCAAAGCGUACCCUACUCAGUAUGUCUUCUCUCUUCUCGCGCUGGUAUCCGAGGAUAGGCUAGAAAGGGACAAGUGUAUUGAGCUCAGUACCGCUGAAGGACAAGAGGACUGGUUGAAUUACUGUAGAAGGCCGAAGAGGACCAUACUGGAGGUCCUGCACGACUUCCACAAAUCAGCAGCGACGCUCACAAUCGAAAUACUCUUCGAACUGUUCUCCUCAAUAAAACCCCGCUCCUUCUCCAUCGCCAGCAGCUGCUUGCCCAACAGUGGGCAACUGGACCUCAUAGUCGCCGUGGUCAACUAUCAGACUAAGCUAAAGAAACCUAGGCUGGGUUUAACUUCCAAUUGGCUGAAGAAUCUGAACGUCGGCGAUCGGGUUUUUGGUUGGAUCAAAAAAGGAUCUAUAAAGUUCCCUACAGACUUGAAAACUCCCAGCAUCCUGAUCGGGCCAGGCACAGGAAUUGCACCCUUCCGCAGCUUGCUACAAGAGCGAGAUUACCGUAACACGCUGGACAAAGACGUUAUUCAUUUGUUCUUCGGAUGUCGCUACAGGAAUAAGGAUUUCCACUGCAAAGAGGAGUUAGAGAAGUGGGAGAGAGAUGGAAAGGUGUCGCUGUACUGUGCUUUCUCGAGGGAUCAAGAUAAUAAAGUGUACGUCCAACACAAAAUAGUCGAAAACGCGGACCUAUUAUGGCGUCUAAUAAACUCCGAGAAAGCGUGCAUAUACAUAUCGGGGAACGCGAAAAACAUGCCAGAUAACGUACGCGACGCGUUUGUAGACGUGUUCGCGAAGGCUGGCGUGAGUGACGCUAGACAGAUGGUGAAGGAUUUGGAAAGGGACGGGAGAUUACAGGUGGAAGCUUGGUAGAUAGACUGAAAGAGACAGAUAAAUGUUUACAAGCGCACAGAAAUAAAUUUCGAAUUAAGUGAUGCACUAGAAGCAGUGUAACUUAAAGAAAUAUUACAAAACAGUUUUCCGAAAGUCAUUUUUUUAGGUCUUGUGGAAAACUAGCUGUUUCCCGCGGAAAUAGUUAUUUACCCUAUGUCAUUUUCUAUACUUCAAACUACAUUUAGCGAAAUUUCAAGAAGAUUGGUUGAACAGAUAGAGCGGGAAGAGGUAACAAAUAAACUUACUUUCGCAUUUAUAAUAUUAGUUAGGAUAUGGUUAUUGGAAAAUAGAUACGCCAUGAGAAAUCAAAUGAUCAUGACAGAUGAUUUAUCUAAUGCUCGUGAUAGAUAACUCGAAUAAAGUCGAUAUUUAUUUUAUUGUAGUAAUUCCGGGUCAUAUUUUAAAUUAUAAUCCAUUGUAACACUUUUGGAGGUUAUAUUUUGAAAAUUAAGUUUGAUAAUUACUACCAUAAUAAAAAAACUUGAGAUAAAUGUAUUUUAUGAAUGAAGCUGAGAUGACUACAAUAGUAGAAUAAAAUUAUGUAAAUGUAUUUUUUGUGUUCAAGAAAUAAAAUACGGUUAUAAAUUUUAA